AUGCCGAACCGGACGAACGAGGCGACGCCGCUGCUCUCGGCGCAUUCUCAGCUCUCCCCCUACAUUGUCGACACUGCUUCUCCCUCCGUCUCUCCGCGAGAACCACGAAAAGCAUCUCCCCUCCCGCGCAAACAGCUCUUCGUCCUCUGCCUCAUGCGAAUGACCGAACCCAUCUCGUUCACCGUCAUCUUCCCCUUCGUAAACGCCAUGCUUCGAGCCAACCUUCCACCCUCCGUCCCGGACUCCCAGCUCGGCUACUACGCAGGUCUAGUCGAAUCCGCCUUCGCCUUCGUCCAAUUUCUCACCAUCUUUUGGUGGGCACGCUUAUCAGAUCGGGUCGGACGCAAACCUAUCCUCCUCAUCGGUCUCUUCGGAUCGUUCCUGUCGGUCAACGCUUUCGGGUUCGCAAAGACCUUUCCGCAGAUGGUGCUGGCCAGAUCCAUCGCUGGGUUGAUGAAUGGAAACAUCGUGAUUUUGAAGAGCGUGUUGGCCGAGAUCACGGACGAGACGAAUCAGGCGAGAGCGUUUAGUUUGAUCCCGCUGUGCUUUGCGGUGGGCUCGAUCGUGGGGAAUGGAUUGGGAGGGUGGUUAGUCGGGGUUGGGGAAGGAGAGUGGUGGCAGAAGCAUCCGUUUUGGCUGCCUUGUGGUAUUGCGAGCUGCUUCAAUCUUUGUGCUAUCGUUCUAGGGUGCCUGUUCCUCAAAGAGACUCUGCCGAACAAGGCACUGUCCAAGCCAGAAGACACGCCGCAGCAGGAGAUGGAAGCAGAACCAGCUCCAUCGAUCCCAUCUCUCCUGUCUUCGCCUCUGAUCCGCAGAGUUCUGGGUACACAGUUGGGGCUCAACUUUCUCAACGCCUGUCACGCCGCACUGCUUCCGCUGUUCUGCUACACAUCCAUCGCACACGGUGGUCUCUCCCUCUCCUCCUCCGACAUCGGUACCGUCCUCGCCGUCAACGGAGCGUUUACGAUCUUCAUCCAGCUCAUCCUCUUCCCCACGCUCGAACGACGUCUCGGCGGUCCGCAACGAGUCUAUGUCCGCGUCACCGCGUGCCUGCCUUUCCUAUGGCUCUGUUUCCCCAUCGCCCAUCAACUCGCAGCUUCCCAUCCUUCCGCAAAAGCAUGGCCGAUGUCAGCUCUCUUCGUCGCCAUCAUCCUCAAGGGCAUCAGCAACAUGUCCAUCGUCAGCAGCAAUCUCCUUGUCAACAACUCCGCUCCCACCAGAAGCAGUUUGGCUACCAUGAACAGUAUAAGUCAGAUGGCGGGGUGUUUGAGUAGGACGAUGGGGCCGACAUUUAGUACGAGUUUGUUCGCUUUCAGCACGAGCAGAGGGGUGCUGGGUGGGCAGUUCAGUUGGUUGGUCAUGUGGGGGAUCAGUGCGACGGUGUGGGUGUUCACGAUGAAGGUCAAGGCGCCGCAGAAGGCUGCUUGGAGAGUGAAGCAGCAGCAGCAACGGGAAGAUGUGAAUGGAGGAGAGACACCGACACCACCACGAAUUCGAUGA